GAAAAAUCAAUUACAUCGAUAUAUUAACCUCUCGAAUAUACGCUUCCCUCCAUUCUUCCGCUCUCCAUUUACAAAUGGAGCCCCAUGUUUAUUACAAAAAUCUUCCUUUGCACACCAUUCAACGACGUCUUCCUACUUUUCCAUUCGAUUCCCAUGUUGAAGGCCAGCGUUUUAAGCUCUUAACCUGCAAAAUCCGCAAGCUUCGAAGGCAAAGUACGCAAAUUCGUAUGAAGGUUUCACUUACAGAUGGAAUUGAAGCCCCCGUUUCGAACAGACAUAUAUUUAUAUUUGGCAUGGGUUUCGUAGGGCAGUAUUUGGCGGAGCAACUAAAAAAUAAGGGCUGGAGGGUCUCAGGAACCUGCACAAGUGAAGAGAAGAGAAAAUUACUGGAGGAAAAAGGAUAUGAUGCAUUCUUAUUCAAGGCAGAGGAUACUCUGCAAGAACUCAAACUAGCUGGUGUGAGAGCCCUCUAUGAUGCAACACACAUCAUGAAUUCGAUUCCUCCAAGCAUUGAAGCUAGGAAAGAUCCGGUAAUAUUUCAACUUGGACAAAUAUUACGGCAGGCAAUAGUGAAUGGAAAUAUUUGUUGGUUAGGUUACUUGUCAUCAACUAGAUUGUAUGGUCACUGGGGUGGUGAUUGGGUUGAUGAAGAUUCUCCAGCAAAAUCAGAAGAUAAAAUAUCUUUAGCGAGGUUGGAUGCUGAGAAGGCAUGGAUAAUACUAGGGAAAAAUAUGGGUGUUCCAACACAAGUAUUUCGUCUUGGGGGUAUAUAUGGACCUGGGAGAAGUGCUUUAGACACUAUUAUUAAACAGAAACAUCAGGAGCUCUCAAGAAGUCAGAAGGCACGCAGAUUAAAUUAUUACACAUCUCGAAUUCAUGUUGCCGAUAUAUGCCAAGCAAUUCUUGCAAGUAUUGAGCAGCCUUCUGCCGGGAAAGUAUACAAUGUUGUUGAUGAUGAUCCAGCACCUCGUGCAGAAGUCUUUUCAUAUGCCUUGUCUUUGCUUGAGACAAAAUGGCCAGGUAAUAAAUGGGAAGCCGUGGAAAGUGGAACUUCAACAGGUGACAUAUUUGGAGAGGUUAAUUGUUUUAUGAAUAUAUCAGAAAAAAGGGUUUCUAAUAGAAGAUUGAAAGAAGAGCUAAAAGUAAAGCUGCUUUAUCCAAGCUACAGGUCUGGCUUGAAGAGUAUUAUUAAAAGCAUGGAUAGCUUACCAUUUUAAUUGAUUCAACCAUUAAUAAUGACAAGUUUGUUAUUAAAGCAUGGUCAUUAAUGAGAGAAGUUGCUCCAAUGUUGAGCUUAAUCUGCUCACUUCAGAAUGAUUCACUGGACUUAACAAAUGGUACAUGACAGUCAAUAUCUUCCUUUUUUUCACAAGGAAACAUUACCAACAAUUACCAAAGCUUCACAAUUGGAGUGACAAUGCCUAACGUUUGCAGGCUUUGGACGAGCAAACUUUAAGAAAAAUUCACAAUUCAGAACUGUAAAAAGGUAUUCUUUUAUAAUUUGCAGAUAUUCUUUGACUCCAUUCAGGUCAACCUGAGCAGAUGCCUUGUGCACUUCCUUGUUGCAGUUCACACUCCAAAGGAGGAAUGGCCUCAUCGGAGGAGUAAACUCAGCCACAUGAAGCUAGUUGCCGCUAGGGCACACAAAUUAUUCUCCAUUUCUUGCCAUUCCAAUUAUCUUCUCUAUACCCUGACACCACUCCACUUUCACACAGUUAUUCAUUAAGCACCUCACAGAAUCCCACGGCUCCAGUUCUAGACACCAUGCCAAAAAUAUCGAAGCAAUCUCGACAUUGGUUUGAUAACGGUACUGAGUAUUCAGAUAUUCAUUUCCCAAAACAAUCUUAAUUUUGGUGAGAAAAUCAUGAUCUCCAAAUUUGAAUACAUGCGUCAAGCAUUUGUCUGAGAUUUUCCCCCAGAAGGCAACCAUUGGUUUGGUGGAUUGCAUGGAAAAAAUUGCCUCCAUGGUGCUCUCGCCUAUGACUCCCUGCACUACCAACUUCUCAAAACUUCACAAAGAAGAAAGAGAGAGGCGCCCAACACAAAAACCAAUUCUGCACCCUUGCAAAUCAAAUAAACUCCAUGGUCAACCACUCUGCCACAUGAAACAUUAAAUGAAGCAUUAAAGAGCUUCAAUAAUCCGCCAUCUACGAAGUAGUCAUUAAUGCCACUUUUGAAAACCUUCGCUUUGUAUCUCCUGACAAAUAUAGAAAGUUGCAAAAUCGACAUCCCAUCUACCAUAGAUUUCAAAUUUAAAUCUUACUCACUCGCCUUCCGUCGCCACCUCAAUCAAUCCUUUCCAUUUAAUGGUCAUCUUUUGUACUAUAUGUCUUCCUUCCAGGAAUUGCACAAGUUGGGGUCAAGUCAUACUCCUUAUGUUUAGAUAUCCAGCAUGGCGAAUCUAAUCCUCGCUCCACCUUGGUGAUUCAUCUUCCUUUUAAAUAUGCCACCUCACCUGCUUGCAAUCAUGCUGUCUCGCCACUCUAAAAGAAAAUAUCACCUCCACAAAAAUUCAUCUACCUUCCCCUACACCCUAAGCAUCAAGCCGCCCGUCGAACCAUUUGACUUCACCUAUUUGUAGGUUGAAAGGCAUGUUGGCUUGCAUAUCAGCAUCUUGGUUGCCUUCCCUUAACACAUGUGACAAUUUAAAUCUCUGAAAAGUAGACAGUAGCUGUUUGAUACUUUGAAUAGUUUUAUCAAGCUUCCAAUUAUCAGCUUUUCCUUUUAAAAUAACAUGCACUAUAAUUUGUGAAUCUCCCUCUACAUGGAGAUUCACCACUCCCAACUUUCUCGCCAUUUGUAUCGCCAAGAAAGCAACGUUGACUUUUGCUUCAUAUGGGUAUCCUCUCCUAAACGUUGAUUGCAACUAGCAAUAAUAUGACGUUGGUGAUUUCUCGCCACACAGCCAGCACCUGAUGGGCCUAGAUUCCCUUUUGCGGCACCAUCAAAAUUCACCUUAUUCCAAUCCUGAUUUGGUGGCUUCCAUGAUACAUUACUGGUUUCUUUUUUCAAAGGAUGAACCUUUUUAGGCCCAUUAAUAGGCCACAAGGAAAGAUAUUACCACCCUCAUUUAAUGGAUUACUGAUAUAUCACCUUUACAAAAUUACUAUUGCUUCUGAAAGGAGUGUAAAAUAUGGAAAGAAAAAAGUUGACAUCAAUUUUUUCUUGCAAAUGUGGCUACCGGUGACUAACGUGAGGUAUUCACAAGUCU